AUGGUCGAUCGCCUGCAAACCAGGUUGGUUUCAGCCGCUAUGCGAAUGCGGAAGUGCCCUGGUGACAGCGCCGAGUCCUUCGCUAGGCGCCGGAACGCCCGUGCCGCGCGCAAGGCCCGCGCCGAAGAUGGUAGACUUUUUGGCGCGAGCGAGUGGUACAUUGGGACGGCCAUCUCUUGCGGGCCCAUUGCCAGCAGCAGUGGGGCACGAGACUCGUGCUUCGGCGCGACAGCCACUGGCUCCAAGCACGCCGGGACCAAGAACACAGAGGGCGCCCUCGCACGCGCGUCUGCAUUGGGCAACCGGCCGUCCGGUGGGACAACGGCGCGCCGCUGGCCACCGCGAAGCUCCAGCACUGAGUCCCCGCAGUUCCUGUUCGACUCUUCCCUUCUUUCUCGUCUCCCCCCCCCGUGGCCUUCACCCUUUGGCUUGGGCGUUCUCCGGCAGUGGCCACCUCUGCCACGCGUCCUUGGCAUCAGUCACAGAGCCACAGCUGCCGCCACCAGGUGCCCAAUCAAUCGAUCAAUCUUGGCCUGUCUUGGUAUUUUCGGAGCUGAUCGCCCGAAGAAUAUCAGCUCGGCAAUGAACGCUUACAGCCGCAAGCAUAAGGACGAACUCGAAGCCUACAAUGAGGUCAGCGACCCCAUGGCUGCGAUGAUUCGGUUGCUGGACAACAGGCCAAUCAAGGGGUCUGUUGUGGCCGCGUCUGCAAAAGUCACUGGCGAUGGCAAUGCCAAUGCUGAGCCAAUCGUCGCUACAUUGAAAGCUUGA